AUGAAGAACUUCACCUCCAUCCUCACAUUCCUUGUGGUCUCUGCUUCCGUCGUUUCUGCUCGUGCCUUGCCUGAGCAAGAGAGCCAGAAUGCGGCCAGAACACCUUAUUCAUAUGUCGCUGAGAUCACCGGUCGUUCGCCAAGGAAGGUAAAAGCCUUUACCAAUGGCACAGUCACAGCAAACUCGCCAGCAACAAAUGGAGGCGCUACCAUGAAUGGCAAGGGCCAUGAAUGGAACUCUACACUUACGGCUAGUCAAGCCGCAACAAGCGCCACCGGAAAGAAGGGCACGGGUGCCACUGGGCUCACAGCAACUAGCAAAAACGCAACCGCUGAGGCUGGUGGAAAGAAGGGAAAUAAAGGGGCCACUGGACUUACACCGACUAGUGAAAACAGAAUCUCUGAGGCUGGUGGAGAUAAGGGAAAUAAGGGGCCUAUAGGUGUGAGUAGAGUGACGAAUUCAACCAAUGUGGCUGCAGGAAAGAAUGGAACGGCUUCCGCUACUGCUUCCGGAGUCGCGGCCCAAAAAACAGACCUCACUAAGGAGCAAAUCGCUUCGAUCUAUCUCCAGGACCUCAAUUUGCUCGAAGAGGGACGCGUGAUGAACGCAACUGCCUCUUCCGGCGCCGCGAAUUCGUCAACCACUUAUAGCGCCGCCCGGGCCGCUUGGAAAGCAGCCCAGCAAGCCGCCGCAUCAAAAGCAGCUGCCGCAACCGCCGCCCCAGCAGUCGCGAGGCCAGUAACUCUUCCGGUCGCGUAG